UAGAAUCUGUAUUGUCGGAGCAUUUUGGUCGGACACCGGUCAACUCACCGGAAGUACUGUGUGAUGAAACGCCCUUAGUUGAUCCUGAAGAGCCCGAAUUAUUCAUUGCUACCAGGGUCCGGGAUAACCUGGUCCGCAACGAAGAUGCAGAAGAUAAAGAAAGCGACCAAGGUGAGGAUGUAAAAGAAACCGGCGACGCUCACGAUGACGCAUUUCUUAACGUGCGUAAGUUUCUGUCGGACGGAUGCGGCUGUAAACAUCAGUGUGAUAAACGUUUAAAUUUUGAUACUGUUAUUAACCAUUUGUUAGCUAUCAAGGCGCUGGCCAGAGAGGAGAAGGAACUUAACGUUAUGUCCUUGUUGAAAGACGUUGAUGGGGAAACAACUAAAAGAGGGAAGCAACGGAAGCGAGCCAGGGUUGAGUUUAGGGUAGAGGGAAAUGCCGUAUGUAAAAAAAACAUUUAUGCUGUUCUUUGACAUCGGUAAGCACCAGCUUUUAGCAUUACAGCAAUAUGUCAGAGAACAUGGUUUGACGCCUAGAGUUAUGGCAACCAUGGAAUAAAGCCAAAGCAUGCUAUUUGUUAUGAUGAUGUCAUGCGCGUUGUUCACUUCAUACGUAAGUAUGCGGAUGAACGGGGUCUACCACAGCCAGCCGCCCCGAGAGGUGUAGACAACGUUCCGACUGUAUACUUAACAUCUGACACAACAAAGACCAACCUGCAUCAACAGUACCAGACAACAUGCACGGAAGCUGGUUCUAGGGUCAUAGAAAUUACCGCCUUCAAGGAAAUAUGGUGCACGUGUUUACCGCACAUCCGGAUCGCUGGUCCACGUGAUGACGUUUGUGCCAAGUGCAAAAUACUCAGGAGGGGUGUCAUGGAUGCUGUGACGGAAGAAGAAAAAAUGACCGCUACAGACUCGCUCAGGAAACAUAUUCUUUUAGCACAAAAGGAAAGAGAUGUAUACAACGAUUGCAUCAGAAAAAGUAAGGAGGCGAAUGAAGGUCCAGACAGAUAUGUCCAUUUCAUGUUUGAUUUUAGCCAGAACGUGAGUCGACCUCACUAUUCCCGACAGAUAGGACCUCUAUGUUUCCUCACUUUAAUAAAGGUCCAGAUCUUUGGCGUUCGAGUGAACAGUAUUCCCCGCCAGCUGAACUUCCUGAUUGACGCGGACCAAACGAUUGGCAUGGACGGAAAGACUUCAAUGGCCCGGACGCUGUCCUUUCUAUGCUUGAUUGGGUCCUGCAGAAUUACGAGUCUGAUGCUGACACUUGCUCCAUUCAUGCAGACAAUUGCCCCGGGCAGAACACGAACCGAUACGUUCUGGGUUAUUUCAUGUGGCGAGUGAUGACCGGCCCACAUCGCUUGAUUAUGUAUGAAGACAUUUCAAAUACAUCAUUAUCAGUACAACUAUAUCAAAACAUUUGUGUUUCUGUCAAAGGGCAUGCAAGGUAUUUGGUGGAUUCCGGAUUUGCGCACAUAAAAAACAGAUACCGGAACCACGACUGUGAGACUCUCGCACAACUAACGGCGCUUGUUGACCAGUCGUCUGUUACCAACACAGCAGUCUCGUACCCGACUUGGACAUGGCGGCAAUGGAAGCCUUUCCUGGAAUUGUACUUCAAACCUGUUACAGGAAUAAUGCAGUACCAGUACUUUAGAUUUGACCAAAGUAAGCCGGGUUUUGUGACUGCAAAAAUCCAACACGACGGAGAAGAGAAGGAAUUGCAGAUCCUGAAAACCCCGACAUUUCGGUUCCAGAAUGUGGAGCGUCCACACCCAGUUCCCUCUGCUAGAUUGAGUGCAGACCGCCGGCAAUACUUGCGCCGAUCCGUGAGCCGAUAUGUCCGACCAGCGUCGAAGGAUUAUUUCUUUGGAAAUUGACUCUUGUGACGACGUGCAUAUUGUUAAUGUAUUUAAUGAACAUCACGCAACUGUACGUGCCAUUAACAGAUAUGAUGUACUGCCCUGAAUAUUGAGUACUAUUAUGAUACAACUGCUAUUUCAUUGUUUUCAAUUGUCUGCGUAUCUGAUACUUUACA